AAAAAAAGUUUCAAAACAAUAAUUAAAAACUAAACAUUUGGGAUUGAUCGGCUUUAAUAUGAUUUUCGAUCGCUAUGCAAUAUCAGGCAAUAGCGGUGACGAAUACGAAGCGGCAGCCGUGCGACACCUCAACUUUGCACCAUUCGCCGCCACGCACAACAACAACCAAUUUAAACACCACCAACACCAGCAACACCAUCACCAGCCGCCACAUCAGCAUCAGCUGCAACACCUGCCAACAGUGCCACUAACAGUGGCAGCGGCGGCGGCGGCGGCGGCGGCGUCACAAUCGUCCACAUUGGAUUACGAGCGAGCGUGCGGCGAACAUAAGCGAGAAAGUAUUGAACACAAUACCGUUAACGCCAACGUCAACACCGCCUUAGCGAAUGGUCAUAGCAGUGCACAUUUUGAUUUGGAAUUAACGCCGCUGUAUGGUGCGCCUUUUACAACGGCGUUCAGUAAUCAUCAUCAGCAACAACAACAGCAACAACUACAACUACAACACCUGCCAACACCACAUACAAUAGCCAGCGCAGCAGCAACAUCGCCAACAAAAACAACAAUACCCGCGACAGCGUCCACUACAGCGCAUCAAAUGGACACGCCAUUCUUCUUCACGCAGCUGGCGCGUUUGCAAGGACGUGACAAUCCCAUGAAUGGGUUGGAUAUACGAGAACGGGGCGUGUAUGCGAAAGUGCGGUUGUGUCGUGGAACGCGUUAUGGGCCGUUUGCGGUGAAGCUCUGCAGUGAACCGACCGCGCCCAGUCUGGCUAGGGAGGUCAUUGCAGGUCCACAUUUUCGCGGCUGGCUGGAACCCUCACAUGAUGUAUCGACGUGGCUGCGAAAAAUACGUGCUGUCGAUAAUGACGGAGAGGCUAAUCUGAAGAACUUCCUUGUGGCGGGAUAUCUUUGGUAUGAAACAAAUCGUGAUAUAAAUGCUGGCGAAGAAAUCACAAUCGAUGGACGGCCGCGGACACCCAUUCACAUAAAUGAUGGUUUCGUCAACGGCGCGGACGCGGGAGGAGCAUUAGGUGCGACGAGUGGCUCAGUACAUGGUGAUGAUAAAAGCGAACGUGAUAAUGGAUCUCUCUACAGUGGCGGCAAUACCAACGGCGACGACGAAUACAAGCGAGAUCGUUCGUUUAGCGAGCAAACGGAUGGCAUUGAAUUGACCGACGACGAAAACGGUUUUGAUAUACGUUGUGAAGUUUGUGAUAAAACAUUUCAGGAUUUAGAAGUUUUGGAUCAUCAUUUGGUCGCGAAACAUUCAUUUCGAAAAGACGACUUUGCUUGUGAGUUGUGUAGUAAACCAUUUUGUCAUCGUCCUUUGCUGCUGAAGCAUCGCGCCUUAGCACACAACGAAAUACGAAAGUAUCCCUGCGAGAAUUGUCCAAAGGUAUUUUGUGAUCCAUCGAAUUUACAGCGGCAUAUUCGUGCCAACCACAUCGGUGCCAGAAGUCACGCGUGUCCGGAGUGCGGAAAAACAUUUGCCACAUCGUCUGGCCUCAAACAGCAUACGCACAUCCACUCGUCGGUGAAGCCAUUCCAGUGUGAGGUGUGUUACAAGGCGUAUACGCAAUUUUCGAAUUUAUGCCGUCACAAGCGCAUGCACGCCGAUUGUCGCAUGCAAAUCAGAUGUCCUAAGUGCGGCCAAAGCUUCAGCACGGGCACAUCUUUAACCAAACACAAACGUUUCUGUGACUCAACGAGCGUACCGCUGCCCACGCAGGCCGUUUCCGUCGCAACCGGAGCCGCAACUGGUGUCACUCUGCCACCACAUUUGCCAACGCACCAACAACAAGCCAUGCAGUCACACGUCGCUGCACUACAAUCGAUGAACGCUGCCGUAGCUGCUGCCGCGGGCAAUGGCAAAGGCACAGGCACUGGUAUACCUGGUACCGGUAUGCCUCCCGGCACACAUCCUUUCCUGUUAUUUCCGUCGCAGCCGUUCUUCUCGAACUUUCCUUACAGUUUUCCAAGUAUAUUUCCACCAAAUCCGGCGCAGGCGGCCAACUUUCCGUUCCUGUUUCCGAAGGCCAAUAUGGAUAUGCGCAUGCAGACGACCGGUAGCCACAACGGGUUGAGCGGUUUAACGUCGCCAAAAGCCAUACGUCAACAUCUGAAUUUCGCCUUUGGCGAGAAUAUGCGUUCGGGUGAUGCCUCACCGCCGUCCAGCGAACACAGUCAAAAGCAAUCGAAUAAUGCCACGCAAAGCCAAGCUACUGACGUUGACGAGAAUGCGGCCUUGGCUUGUAAUUCACCGAAUUUUAAUAAAAAUAACAACAAACAAAUGAACUUUACGCCACAUAAUCAGAGCGAUGACGAGACCAGCUCCUCAGCGGAAUUAAAGAUAUCAACAAAUGAAGAUAUGUUUAUGCUGAAGUCACAGGAGGAGGAGGAGGAGGAGGUUGAGGAAGAGGAAGAGGAAACUAAGUUGUCUGCGUUCGACGUGAGCACGAACAAGCAGACGGAUGACGAUAAGAAAUCCAUUGAUGUUAUUAGUACACCACCGCCUGCGGACGCGUCGGACGAAGAAAAUAGCAAACCAGCAAAUAGCGCCGCUGAACUACCGCUCGAUUUGAGUAUUAGCCGCAAGCGCGCGCGCACUGCAAGCUGCAGCUCAACAGCGGACACACAGUCUGUGCACAGCGAUGGCUCGCACAACCAAGCAACACAAAGCGAACCAAAGUCUGAUUCGGAGCAACAGCAACAUCAACAGCAACAGCAGGAACCUGAUAUACUAAUACGUGCGCAUCACCCGAAGCUUCUCAAGCGCCCAACACACAAUACACCAACACGUCGCUUCACCAAGCACAAUCGUACACCCUCGAUUACCGCCUCGCCUGGGCCGACACCCUCACCUUCGCCACCAAGCAAAGAACGAGUCAAUUUAAACGCGAACGAUAACAACUCAGCCGCCUCAGCCGAAUUCGAUUGCUUGCAACCGUUAAAUCCACAUCCACUGUUCAUGGACGAGAUUUACCAUCGUUCGCGUACCCUAAGCGAUAUAUUCCCACGUCCGUUUCCUUUUUUAGGGCCAAUGGGCGGACGGCCAGCCUUUAAUAGAGCACCCGAACGCUCUGACAUGCCGUUUCCGCCCGAGCCGAUAUUUCGCAAAUCUCUAAUACCCGCCGGCCUUAUUGGCAGCAUGUUAGCGACGGCCUCGGGUAAAAUCAAAGAUCGCUACACAUGCAAGUACUGUGGCAAAGUGUUUCCACGUUCGGCCAAUUUGACACGCCAUGUGCGUACACACACCGGUGAACAGCCCUACACGUGUAAGUAUUGCGAUCGUGCAUUUAGCAUUUCAUCAAAUCUCCAACGACAUGUGCGUAACAUACACCACAAAGAGCGACCGUUUCGCUGUCAUCUUUGCGAUCGUUCAUUCGGCCAACAAACGAACCUCGACAGACAUCUAAAGAAACAUGAUGCCGACGCAAAUGGUUUGGGCAUCGGCUACGGUGAUUCACCAUCGUCCAAUGAGGCUGAUCGUGAGGACAAUUACCUCGAUGAGAUACGCUCAUUUAUGGGACAGGGUACGUAUAGUGAGGAACAGUAUACGCCGACAAGUAUUGGUGGCGCUGAAAAUACCGAUACAGACUAUGCGGGCAGUGAUGCUGAUGUAGAGCUAUCCGUAUCGCGUUCAUCCUCGGCGGAACCUAUGACAGUGAAUGGAAAUGUCGAAGAAAGUGUGGCGGUGAAGAAGGAGCCAAUGACGACGGUUACGUUGGCGAAGGGCAACGAUACGAUUGAGGUGAGCUCUUAAGCGGUGGCAGAGGAGGCGUUGUGAGAAGUGCGGCGGAAGUGCGUUCGCAUUAGCAGUCUGUAGACUAGAAGCGGGAUUUUUAAGUGAAAAGGUAACUGAAGCUGCGUUCUACUGAAUCUGGGUCUGAGUUGGAGUUGUUUGUUGCGCUUGUGCGUUUGUACGUUUGUACGUUUGUGGGGAAGUUAUCAACAUAAGUCAAUAGUGAUAAAGCUGUGAGCAUGGGCUUGUGGCUAACUAUCGAGCCUUUGUGUGAAAAA